CUAACAAACGCUAAUAUCAGGCUUGCUGUAUGUCUUAAGUGCUUUACAGGUAAUCCCUCAUUUGAGUCUCAGCACAGCCCAGCGGGUUAGAUGCUAUUACUGGCCUCAAUUUACAGAUGAGUAAACCAAGACUCGGAAAGGGCAAGUCACUGGCCCCGAGUUGCUGGGCUCACUCAGUCUCUAACCACUGCCUUCCUGUGCAUCUCUCCGUGUAUAACAAGCCUCUGCCUGGUUUUAGCAUCACUGGGCCAGGAGUCACUGCAUUCUUCUCCAGUAUGGGAAAGAGAGAAGUGACAAAGAAUGUUUGCUAAACAGUUGGGACUCGAAGAUUCUUUCCUAGGGGUCAGAAAAUAACUCGCGAUCCAAGAGCUGACCUGAGAAUUAAUUAUUCAAGUUAUCAAAAGCAUCCAGCAGUCUGAGGACUCCACCCUCGAGUUGAGCAAUGUAAUCCACCGCUCACUUCCUCCACUCUCUUCUCACCACCACCGCCCUGUCAGUCAGACACAUCUGCCCUCCUGGACGGGUCCCACAGGUGAAAGGCCCAGACUCCUGGCCAGGACUUAAGUUUGCCUCCAAUAUGGAAGACAUGGACUGGGAGGCUUAUGGCUUGGAAGAUCUCUUUGGUGAAAAUUACAGUUACAGCACAGAACUGCCCUUCAUUCCAGAAGGCUCUGCCCCAUGCAGGCCAGAAUCUCUGGAAAUCAACAAGUAUGCAGUGGUGGUCAUCUACGCCCUGGUCUUCGUGCUGAGCCUGCUGGGAAACUCCCUAGUGAUACUGGUUGUCCUGUACAGUCGGCUCAGCCAGUCUGUCACCGACGUCUACCUGCUGAACUUGGCCAUAGCCGACCUGCUCUUCGCCCUGACCUUGCCUAUCUGGGCUGCCUCCAAGGCGAAAGGCUGGAUCUUUGGCACACCCCUGUGCAAGGUGGUCUCGCUCCUGAAGGAAGUCAACUUCUACAGUGGUAUCCUACUGCUGGCCUGCAUCAGCAUGGACCGCUACCUGGCCAUCGUCCAUGCCACACGCACGCUGACCCAGAAGCGGCACUGGGUCAAGUUCAUAUGCUUAGGCAUCUGGGCACUGUCCCUGAUCCUGUCCCUGCCCAUCUUCGUCUUCCGCAGGGCCAUCAAUCCCCCCUACUCCAGCCCGGUCUGCUACGAGGACAUGGGCGUCAAUACCACAAGACUGCGGAUAGUGAUGCGGGCCCUGCCCCAGACCUUCGGCUUCCUCGUGCCCUUGGCGGUCAUGCUGUUCUGCUAUGGACUCACCCUGCGUACGCUGUUCCAGGCCCACAUGGGGCAGAAGCACCGGGCCAUGCGGGUCAUCUUUGCCGUCGUGCUCGUCUUCCUGCUCUGCUGGCUGCCCUACAACCUGGUCCUGGUGGCAGACACCCUCAUGAGGCUCCGGGCGAUCGAGGAGACGUGCGAGCGCCGCAACGACAUCGGCCGGGCCCUGGAUGCCACCGAGAUUCUGGGCUUCCUCCACAGCUGCCUCAAUCCCUUCAUCUACGCCUUCAUCGGCCAGAAGUUUCGCCACGGACUCCUCAAGAUCAUGGCCUUCCACGGGCUCAUCAGCAAGGAGUAUUUGUCCAAGGAUGGCAGGCCUUCCUUUGUUGGCUCUUCUUCAGCAAACACUUCUACCACUUUCUGAGCCCCUGGGCCCUGCUGGAGCGCCUCGGGGCACCUCCCUCACCGUCAGCAUCCCAUCCCGAGCCUCAUGUCC